AUGGGGCCGUCGGUGGUCGCACGGGACGUGAUGGCGCGACAGGGUGCGGCGGCGCUGGACGGCCCCGCCAGGGCGGAGCAGGACGGGCCGGCGGCGGCCACGCGGGAUGGGGAGGGCGCUGCGUGCGCGACGGGGGUGCGGCGGCCGGGCAGGCGGCACUGGACGGGACCGGCGAUGGCCGUGCGGGACGCGGAAGGCGCGGCAGAAGGCCACGGCGGGGUAGGACAGGUGCGGGACGCGGAGGGCGCGGUGGCCGGGCCGGCGGCUUGCUCGACGGGGUCCGGCGGCCAAUCAAGCGGCGCUGGACGGGGCCGUCCACGGCGGGGCAGGACGGGACCGGCGGCGACCGCACAGGACGAGGACGCGGCUGCCAGGCCGGCGGCGUGCGCGAGAUUCUCGGCCUUGCGUAGAAGCACCUCGCCAGGGUCCGCGGCAGGGGAAGGAGGCGGGGGUUGCUCGGGAGGGGCCGGGGGCGGGGAAGAGGUGGCGCGGCUCGGGCGGCGGCCUGGCCGGAGGGCGGGCGGAGUGGGGAGGCGACAGGCGGCGGCGGCGGCGCUCCUGCCAGUUGCAAGUGAGGUUGCUUCGUCAAGAUAA